GAGGAGGAGGAGGAGGAGGAGGAGGAAGAAGAGGAAGAAGAACAGGAGGAGGAGGAGGAGGAAGAAGAGGAAGAAGAACAGGAGGAGGAGGAGGAGGAAGAGGAAGAAGAGGAAGAACAGGAGGAGGAGGAAGAAGAGGAAGAACAGGAGGAGGAGGAGGAGGAGGAAGAAGAGGAAGAACAGGAGAAGGAGGAGGAGGAGGAGGAAGAGGAAGAACAGGAGAAGGAGGAGGAGGAGGAGGAGGAAGAAGAGGAAGAAGAACAGGAGGAGGAGGAGGAGGAAGAGGAAGAACAGGAGAAGGAGGAGGAGGAGGAGGAGGAAGAAGAGGAAGAACAGGAGGAGGAGGAGGAGGAGGAAGAAGAGGAAGAACAGGAGGAGGAAGAAGAGGAAGAACAGGAGAAGGAGGAGGAGGAGGAGGAAGAGGAAGAACAGGAGAAGGAGGAGGAGGAGGAGGAGGAAGAAGAGGAAGAAGAACAGGAGGAGGAGGAGGAGGAAGAGGAAGAACAGGAGAAGGAGGAGGAGGAGGAGGAAGAAGAGGAAGAAGAACAGGAGGAGGAGGAGGAGGAAGAGGAAGAACAGGAGAAGGAGGAGGAGGAGGAGGAAGAAGAGGAAGAAGAACAGGAGGAGGAG